AGUUAGUCGUUUCAGCUAAGAAAAGAGGAACAAAACAAUGGCAACAAUAGCAGGUGGUGUCAGUCUUUCGAGCCCAAGGAGAGUAUUUGCUAAUGCCAAGGGAUCAAACUCUGCGCCAAAGGCCCAGGCAAUUAGCUUCCCACUCUUCAGGCCCACACAUAAAUGGCCCGCUUUGGUAGGGGUGGGGAAGGCCCGGCUCAUUCGUGCAACGCCGGAAAAGAUAGCGGAUAAGGUGGAGGAGAGCAUAAAGAGCGCGGAGGAGACCUGCUCGGGAGGCGGGACUGACGCGGAAUGCGCGGCGGCUUGGGAUGAGGUGGAGGAGCUGAGCGCUGAGGCGAGCCACGCCAGAGCGAAGCAGAAGGAGUCUGACCCGCUGGAGAGCUACUGCAAGGAUAACCCCGAAACCGAUGAGUGCCGCACUUAUGAUAAUUAAGUUAUCUUGUGUUACAUGUUUCAAUGAAUCCACUUGUAUUAAUUAAUUCUUAUUUAUAAAUUAUACCAAUAAUUCAAACUC